UUUAACACAGUGCUCUGGCACCAACUUUUCUAUCAAGAUCACAGGAAAUGCUGUUGUCAGCUGGCUCCUCACUAUUGCAAUCUUCUUGAGAUUAGUCAGUGGGAGCGAAACUUGAAUAAGGUAGGCAGAGUAAAAGAUGGGAGUCAAAUUUUUCUGCCUUCUGGUAGUUUCGGCUUUGAUAGCCUACUACAUUUACAGCCCUUUACCAGAGAAUGUGGAGGAACCCUGGAAGCUGAUGCUUUUAAAUGCUGUCCUUAGAACCGUAAGACAUGUGGCCACGCUUAUGGAGAAGUUGGGUCUUGUACACUAUAUGGAUGUUCUAAAGGCAUUCGUAAAUAUCCAACAUACAGCACCUGUAUCUGAUGAAAAGGUUACUGUAACAGACACCGAAUUUAACCAUGUUCCAGUACGUCUUUACAUCCCUAAAGAGCAGUCAGAUGCCUUGAAAAGAGCUGUGAUUUAUGUUCACGGAGGUGGAUGGUGUUUAGGAUCAGCAGCCGUGAAAUCCUAUGACCUCAUAUCAAGAUGGACGUCAGAAAGACUAAAUGCGGUGGUGGUGUCAGUAGAUUAUAGACUGGCCCCAAAAUAUUGUUUCCCAGUUCCAUUUGAAGAUGUGUACUCAGUAGCAAAGUACUUUCUACAAAGCAGCAUUCUUGAGAAAUACAAUGUAGAGCCAAGCCGAAUCUGCAUUGCCGGAGACAGUGCAGGAGGUAACUUAGCUGCAGCUGUUACCCAGCAGCUUCUAGUUGACCCUGAUGUUAAAGCUAAAUUCAAGAUUCAAGCUUUACUCUACCCUGCUCUUCAGACUCUUGAUCUGGAAUUGCCAUCCUAUCAGGAUAAUAAAAACAUGCCAGUUCUGCCUAAAUCAUUAGUGAUCAGAUUCUACAGUGAAUACAUCACAUCAGAUGAGUCUCUUUUCAAAGCUUUGGAGACCAACCAACAUGUUUCUGCAGAGUUCAACCAUUUAUUUAAAUUUGUAAACUGGAGUAAGUGGCUACCUGAAAGAUUUAAAAAAGGGCAUAUUUAUACUGUUCAGUCACACAGAAAUUCCAAAAUUGGACAAAAAUAUGCUGGACUACUGGAUCCAAGAACAGCACCACUUUUAGUUGAUGACAUCAAGCUUCAGGGCUUACCACUCACAUAUGUCGUCACUUGUCAAUAUGAUAUUUUGAGGGAUGAUGGAAUCAUUUAUGUCUCACGGCUUAGGAAAGCAGGGGUUCCAGUAGUACACGAACAUGCUGAGAAUGCUGUUCAUGGUGGUAUAACAUUUAUUUCAGGUCCUAUCAGUCUAAACUUAGGAUAUAGAAUGGCUAAUAAUUACAUUGAGUGGCUAAAUAAGAAUCUAUGAAAACACACAUACACCACCAGAAGACAUUUGUCUUGGAUUCACUUGGCUUCAUUCAACUUACAUUAUUUUUCUUUUUGGUCAAUAAUUUUGACACUGUAAUUCUGCAGUUACUAUACUUGAUACAGAAUCUCUUAUUUCCUUCUUUCUGAAUAAGUAUGAGAAGCUUGGUAGAGUAUGUGGGGGGCUUGUAUCACCAUCAAAUUAUUAAUAAUUUAAAAUGAAAAAAGUUUUGACUAUUUCAUGUGUGAAAUUACUGCUUUAGGUCUUGAUGUUGUUCUGGAUUGCUUUGAAACUCAUUAUUUCUACACUCUUUUUGCAUCAGCAAACAUGUCCUGGUGGGCCUUUUUAAGGUGACUUGUUCCUUUUGGAGCAACAAGCAUGAAUAUCUGGCUGCAGACCAUUGUGAGAUCUUGAGCAGCAUUUUAUGAAUAAAAUCUCUCAUGUUUUCUCUGGA